ACCUUAUCAAAACCUGAAACCGCAUUCACGUAGACAUGUGGACGUUGGUAACCAUGUCAGCUACCCCCAUCGCCAUCUUCCUCCUCCUCCUCCUUACUCCCUCUUCCGCAACACCUCCACGACCAUUCAAGAAGAUCUACGCCUUCGGAGACUCUUACACCGACACCGGAAACACCGCCUCCCCCACCGGCCCAAGUGCCUUCACUUACGUCUCCAACCUCCCUUACGGCCGCACAUUUUUCCACCACCCAACUAACCGUUACUCCGACGGGCGUCUGGUAAUCGACUUCGUGGCGGAAUCACUCUCAUUACCCUACCUACCACCCUACCUCAACCGCAAGGCCGACACCUCCGCCGGUAUUAACUACGCCGUCGCAGGAUCCACCGCUAUCAGACAUGCGUUUUUUGUCAAAAAUAACCUCACCUUUGAUGUAACACCUCAGUCUCUACAAACUCAGCUUUCUUGGUUUAACAAGACAUUGCAGGGGCAAAAAUGUAAAAGUGCUAUGUCGACGCCUGCGGAAUGUGCAGCGGUGUUCCGGGAUGCGUUAGUUUGGGUGGGUGAAAUCGGAGCCAAUGACUACGCUUACACCGUUGGAUCAACGGUGAGCGGUGAAACCAUUCAACGGCGUGCCAUUCGCAGUGUAACAGGGUUUAUAGAGACAUUGCUCAAAAAAGGUGCAAAAUAUAUGGUAGUCCAAGGCCUCCCCACCACCGGUUGCUUGACCCUCACCAUGUACCUCUCGCCAGAGUCAGAUCGCGAUGACAUUGGAUGUGUCGGCACCGUCAAUAACCAAAGCUACAUCUACAACACCAUCCUCCAAACCAACAUCCAAAACCUACGCAACAAAUACCCAAAAGCUAUAAUUGUUUAUGCUGAUUACUGGAAAGCUUAUCGCUCAAUUGUCAAGAAUGCACCAAAGCUUGGGUUCCACGAGGUUUACAAGGCUUGUUGUGGGUCUAGUGGUGGUCCCUACAACUUUGAUUUUUCAGGUACUUGUGGGUCUGAUUCUGCGAGUUCGUGUCAAAAUCCAUCUCAAUAUAUCAACUGGGACGGGGUUCACCUUACUGAGGCUAUGUAUAAAGUAGUUUCUGAGUUGUUUCUCAAUGGUGCUUUCACUUAUCCGCCAUUCAAGUCCUUGUUAAGAAGCAAGCAAAACUCGACUUAGAUUAUGAUAAACAUCUUUUUGUAGUUGUCUAUGCGAUUUUAUUAUUUUCCUUUAUCAAUCA